AUCAACAUUGCUGAGGCUGCUCGGCUUCGCUUAUGCCUGCUUUAUAUUGUUUUGCUCGCACCUGCCACACGCUUGCAGCAGGCUGGAGCAGAAAGCAAAAAAAAACCCCAACAACAAACAGUGGUCGAAAACAGCAGCGCCAACAGCAGCCGCAGCCUUUGAAACCUUUCCAUUGAGACUAGUUGGAUGGGGAAAAGCUUGGCAGUGACAUCCCUUGGAAGAGGCGUGCGUGCUUCAGCCAAUCCAGCGAGGAACUUGAAGGCAGUGUGCUGAUGAACAGUGGAUGCCUUUGCCACAAGAGCCGGGAGAGAGGAAGGCAAGAAAUCAUCCAGACUAUCUGAAGGGAAAGCAUUUUCUUGCAUAAUAAUGAAGGUGUGUGUGUGGAAGAAGCAGCUUUUUGAAGAGCAUCUCUAAUGGACCAGUGGAGCCUCUGGGGAGAUGCUGUCGUGAUUUUUGUUCCCUCUUUACUGAGAUAAAAAAGGAAUCAUCCCAAGAACCUCCGACGCAAUUCUUUGGGGGGUCCAUUUUUGGUCAUUGUUCUCAUCUUCCAUUUAUGCAUUGCUAUUCGCUGACCUUUCGCACGGGAGUCUCUGCCACCACCACCCCUUUCCCAGUUGCUCCACCCUGUACAGUUCCAGCUGAGAAGAGGCACGGUUUCCACCACCACCCCCCAAACCGUGCCACGGAGCACCCCUGUGGUACCUUCCACAAACAAUGAGGGUUGAGAUGCUUUCGUCAACGUGGUAGGACACUGCGACCGUUCCACAGGAAAUAAAACCAGAAGCUCGAAGCGAAGGAACAUAGGAAGGGUGAAACGAAACCCUCCGAAAACCACUGGCAAAGAAGGAAAGGGGCAAACCCCUUUUUCUUGAAAGUGUGCCACCUGAGGCGGAGAACAUCAACAGUCUCAGAUACUCAGGAGUGAAGAUGAGAAGACAAAACAGUAGUAAAUAAGAAUGAUUGAUGGCACCAUGACAUCACAAAGUAGUCUUCGCAUCUGCUUUGGGGCUAGCAACUCUUUCUGAGGCCCGCAUGAUGCCUGAAGACAGGAAUACGGGGGUCCGUGCCUCAGGUACCCUGGCAUCGUCUCCUUUUGUUCCCAAAACUACUUACAGGAGGAUUAAGCGAUGUUUCAGCUUCCGAAAAGGAAUAUUUGGGCAGAAGCUGGAAGACACCGUUCGUUAUGAGAAACGAUAUGGAAACCAUUUGGCUCCGUUGCUGGUAGAACAGUGUGUGGAUUUUAUUCGUCUGCGGGGGUUGAAGGAGGAAGGACUUUUCCGAUUGCCGGGCCAGGCUAACCUCGUCAAAGAGUUACAGGAUGCCUUUGAUUGUGGAGAGAAGCCACUGUUUGACAGAAAUACAGAUGUACACACAGUGGCCUCAUUGUUGAAACUCUACCUCAGGGAGUUGCCGGAGCCGGUUAUCCCGUAUUCCAAAUAUGAAGAGUUUCUCUCCUGUGCCAAAAUGCUCAGCAAAGAAAAGGAAACGGGCCUGAAUGAAUUAGCAAAGCAAGUGAAGAAUUUGCCGCUCGUCAACUUUAAUCUACUCAAGUACAUUUGCAGAUUCCUGGAUGAAGUUCAGUCCUAUUCUGGAGUUAACAAAAUGAGUGUACAAAAUCUGGCGACCGUGUUUGGCCCCAACAUUCUCCGUCCCAAAGUAGAAGAUCCUCUGACAAUCAUGGAAGGUACUGUGGUGGUCCAGCAAUUAAUGUCCAUGAUGAUAAGCGAACAUGAGCUGUUGUUUCCCAAGGAUGCGGAGCCUCAAAGCGGACAAGAGGUUUGCAAUAACAACAACGAGGUCCAAAAGAAAGUGAUCAUUGGUCAGCUCCAGAACAGAGAGAAUAAUAAUACCAAGGAGUCGUCCCCUGUCAGGCGAUGUUCAUGGGACAAACCUGAAUCUCCUCAAAGAACCCUGGUGGACAAUGGAUCUCCUACAGCUCAGCCCGGAAGCAAAUCGAACAGUCCAAGGAACAGCAUUCACAAACUGGACAUCACCAGGAGUCCACCCCUUACGGUGAAAAAAAACCCGGCAUUUAAUAAAGGUAGCGGCAUAGUCACCAACGGGUCCUUCAGCAGUUCUGUAGAGAGUCAGGAGAAGACGUCACCGUCUCUAUCCAACGGUACCUUGCAGACCAGAAGAACAUCAUCUCUAAAAGGGCCAGUAACCAAAAUGGGCACGCACAGCAUGCCGAACGGAGGGGUACGAAUGGGUAUCUCCAGCACUGAUGCCCACAGCAACUCUUUGAACAGCCGUUGCCAGAGCUGGAUGCCUAAUGGGUACGUGACCUUGAGAGACAACAAGCAAAAGGAGCCUAUGGGUGACUCAGGCCAGCACAACAGACUUUCCACUUACGACAACGUGCACCAACAGUUCUCAGCAGUGAACGCCGAAGAUAAGCAGAGCGUGGACAGCGCGACUUGGUCCACGUCCUCGUGCGAGAUAUCCCUCCCUGAACAUUCCAACUCCUGCCGCUCGUCCACCACCACGUGUCCCGAGCAAGACUUUUACGGGAGCAAUUUUGAAGACCCGGUUUUAGACGAGCCCCAACAGGACAAUCUCCUGAACCCGGCCGAGUGUGAGAGCAAAGUUGACCGGAGAAGCGUGGGGGGCCGAAGCAGCAGGGCGACGAGCAGCAGUGACAACAGUGAAACAUUUGUGAACAACACAGGCAAUCACAGUGCUUUGCACAGCCUGGUUUCCAGCUUAAAGCAGGAAAUGACAAAACAAAAGCUGGAGUACGAAACGAGGAUAAAAAGCCUUGAACAGCGGAAUCUCUCGCUGGAGACCGAAAUGAUGAACCUCCACGACGAACUGGAUCAAGAGAAGAAGAAGUUCACCAUGGUCGAGAUCAAAAUGCGCAAUGCCGAGCGGGCCAAAGACGACGCGGAGAAACGGAACGACAUGUUGCAGAAGGAGAUGGAACAGUUUUUCUCAACGUUUGGGGAACUGACAGUUGAGCCGCGUAGGACAGAGAGAGGGAACACCAUAUGGAUCCAGUGAGGGCUGUUCCUGCCGCUCAACAAAGACUGUGGGAUUCUGGGAAGAGGAUAGUGUGGUAUUUUAUUGCAUUGUUUCUCAACCUUGGUGACUUGAAGAUGGGUGGACAUGAAGGCCAGGCACCUUCAAGUCACCAAGAUUGAGAAACACUGUUUUAUUGUAACAGGUGGCUGGUCACCUGACUGAGGCUAGCACUCAAUGUAAUGUUAUGAGACCUCCACUCUUCAUGACUGCAUCCACCCACCAUAUGUCUGCAAGUUUGCUUCUCAAUUGAGAAAUCCUUACUCCUCAAUCCAUCAUCAUGCUACUGUUAAGUGUUGCAGCAGGCUUUGGGCAUAUAGAUUUUAAAUAGGUUAUGGGGGACGGGGGUGGGGGGGACACGGGGUACGAUAGAAAGAGGCAAAAGAUUAUUUUAAUGCAAGUCUUAUAUUGAAACUGUCAAAUGGUAAACUUCAUUGCAAUCCAGCUUUUUCUCCCUUGCACUUAACAUAGUAAGCUAUUUUUGGGCCUUGUGUUAUAAUCAGCUAAUUUUGUAUAUUAUUUCCCCUCCCCCCCUUUGGUUGCCCUGUCACUGCAGAAUUAAUUAUAUAUAUAAUAUAUAUAUAUAUAAUAUAUAUGUAUAUUUAUACACACACACCGUCACACACGAGUCUGUGUCUUUGCGUGUGUAUAUAUAUAAAAUGUUAGCUAUUAAAACGAGCAAAAAAAAAAAAAGUAUUGUGUGAUUGUGCUGUUUAUGCCAAUUGAGUUGCCCAUGACCAAAAAGAAACCCAGAAAGGAAAAAAAAAACUGUAAAUAAUUUUAUAAAUAUAGAACAUGAGCAUCGAC